AUGUCCAUUCUAAUCACUACUUUAGCUAAUUAAUUUGGACUUUGAGCCUUUGAGCUCAUGUCUUUUGUCCUAGCAAAAAUCAAACUAGAGGACCCUCUAUUAGAAUGAAACUCUCAUCUUCCAAUCUCCUAAAAAAGAAGUGAUUUCUGUCAGAGCUAACUGCUUGUACUAGGAUUUCAACUACAUUAACAUCCCAAUUUCCCCACCACCACAACUGUAAACCACACAAAUACCAAAACCCUAAAUUCUUUCGUCACCCUUGCCUUCUCAAUCCUAACAUGAGUACCAGUACUGGUACCAUCCCAGGUGGUAUCACCCUAAGCACGAAGUCAUGUAGAAUCAAGUUUGCUAGAAAAUUUCUUCGAUCUCUCGCGCAAAUCAGAAAGCAGAACCGACCCAGCAGUUCAUCAUCAAGCGAGGAGGAAACCUGUAAGCGAAGCAAGAGGAUAAAGAUGGCAGCUUAUUUCUCCAUGGCUCGCACGGUUGGGCCAAGAAUGAAAUGGAGCAGAGCUCUUCUUUUCAAGCUUCGGAACCGGGUGAGCUAUCCUAUAUUGAUGAAGAAAAAGAAAAGGGUUACUACGAGAUCGAGGAGUACCAAAGUUUCCAGAUCGAAGGGUUCAGUUAAUAUUGACAGAGGCAACAAGCUCCGAAAGCUAGUUCCAGGCGGUAAAUCCAUGGAUUUCUGCAACUUAUUGGAGGAAACUGCUCAUUACAUAACAUGCCUUAACACACAGGUGAAGGUCAUGCAGGCCAUAGCUGAUAAUCUGUCUAAUUUAAAUGAGCAUGCAUAGUAGCUAGAAAGACGUUCUGGAAGCAAAAUGAGGAAAGAAGAAUUGAUCGAAAUCGGUAUAUAUAUAUAUGGAAUACGUACAGGUACGGUGUGUGGUAUAUAUCUAUGUAUUUAUAUAUUGCGUCCAUCAAUUACUGUGUAGAUUAAUACCGUGUAGAUUAUGUUGCAAUACUCCCAGGAGUCCCAGCUGUGAAAUUAUAAAUACGUACCCAAGCCAAAGAGCUAGUUUUUCUGUGUAUAUUUCUGACCCCAGACUAUUGCAAGGCGGCAUACAUAUAUGUAUGUGUAAAUGUAUGUACAUUAUGUGCAUACUUUAGGAACCGAAUUAUUAUUCAAAUGGUUCAGAUUAUAUGUAUUUGAGAGUAAGAACUGUUAGGAACCGAAUUGUUUAGAAUUGAUUCAGUUCCGGUUCCAAAACAGUUCCUGAAAUUAAAGACAUGAGCUGCAUCAUCUACAACCAUAAUAGCACAAUCUCAGUAUCGUCACUUCAGAAUCAUAUUCAUCAGAAGAAUCACUCUCUCUUAUCCAUACAUU